UCAACAACGCGUUUCAACUUUCAGUGCGACGGAGUCGAGUCGGCUUGAAUCGAAUUUCGUUCGGUCAAAAUUCUCGUUUUAUUUUCCGCAAAUUGUCGCGUGUGGUGUGCUGUCCAGCCUGUGUCCAGGUGUCCAGGAACCGCGCGGGGUCUCGGUCGUCGUCGGUUUUUCGCCAGUUUCCGGCCGCGGGGAGUGUGAAGUUCGUUUUUCUUUUUCUGCUGCGGUACGAGAAGAAGAAAUUGCAACAAAAAAAACAAACCUAAAAGCAGAGAAAACAGCAAAAGAUAAAACACAAAAAAAGUAAAAUAAAUCGACAAAUUGUCAGUGUGCAAAGUGCAAAGAGAGUAGUGUGAAGUUAAAGAAAGCAACAGCGAAAAAAAAACUACCAGCAAAAAUGGCAGAUGAUCUGCGAGACCGUAACGAUCCGGAGCUCAAGUACCUCUCGGUGGAACGGAACUCCUUCAACGAUCCGGCCACGCAAGCCGAGUGGACACAGAAGCGGCUCGUCUGGGUGCCGCACGAGACACAGGGCUUCGUAGCGGCCAGCAUCAAAGGCGAACGCGGCGAUGAGGUCGAGGUGGAACUGGCCGAAACCGGCAAGCGCGUCCUCGUGCUCAAGGACGACAUCCAGAAGAUGAACCCGCCCAAAUUCGACAAGGUCGAGGACAUGGCCGAGCUCACCUGUCUGAACGAGGCGUCCGUGCUGCACAACAUCAAGGACCGAUACUACUCCGGCUUGAUCUAUACCUACUCCGGCCUGUUCUGCGUGGUGGUCAACCCGUACAAAAAGCUGCCCAUCUACACCGAGAAGAUCAUGGAGAAGUACAAAGGCAUCAAGCGGCACGAGGUGCCGCCACACGUCUUCGCAAUCACAGACACCGCGUACAGAUCGAUGCUGCAAGAUCGAGAAGACCAGUCUAUCCUGUGUACCGGUGAGUCGGGUGCUGGUAAGACCGAGAACACAAAGAAGGUGAUACAGUAUUUGGCGUACGUGGCCGCCUCCAAACCGAAGGGAUCCGUUGCGGCACCAUCACCGGCACUGAUCAUCAGUGGUUCGACCCUAUCGGGCGAGCUAGAACAGCAGCUGCUUCAAGCCAAUCCCAUCCUGGAGGCCUUCGGAAACGCCAAAACGGUGAAAAACGACAACUCGUCACGUUUUGGCAAAUUCAUCCGGAUAAAUUUCGACGCGUCCGGCUACAUCUCCGGUGCCAACAUCGAGACGUACCUGCUGGAAAAGUCCCGUGCCAUUCGACAAGCCAAGGAUGAGCGUACAUUCCACAUUUUCUACCAGCUGCUGGCGGGGGCGACGCCGGAACAGCGCGAAAAGUUCAUCCUGGACGACAUGAAGACGUACCCGUUCCUGUCGAACGGGCCGCUGCCGGUGGCGGGGGUGGACGACGCGUUCGAGUACCAGGCCACAGUCAAGAGUAUGAACAUCAUGGGCAUGACCGAGGACGACUUCAACUCGAUCUUCCGCAUCGUGAGCGCGGUGCUGCUGUUCGGGUCGAUGAAGUUCAAGCAGGAGCGCAGCUCGGACCAGGCGACGCUGCCGGACAACACGGUCGCACAAAAGAUCGCCCACCUGCUGGGGCUGAGCGUGACGGACAUGACCAAGGCGUUCCUGACGCCACGGAUCAAGGUCGGUCGGGAUUUUGUCACCAAGGCACAAACCAAGGAGCAGGUCGAGUUUGCGGUGGAAGCGAUCGCGAAGGCCUGUUACGAGAAGAUGUUCAAGUGGUUGGUUAACCGGAUCAACCGCUCGUUGGACCGGACAAAGCGGCAGGGAGCUUCGUUUAUUGGAAUUCUCGAUAUGGCGGGUUUCGAAAUCUUCGACCUGAACUCGUUCGAGCAGUUGUGCAUCAACUAUACGAACGAGAAGCUCCAGCAGCUGUUCAACCACACGAUGUUCAUCCUGGAGCAGGAAGAGUACCAGCGGGAAGGCAUCGAGUGGAAGUUUAUCGACUUUGGGUUGGAUCUGCAGCCGACGAUUGACCUGAUUGAUAAACCGGGCGGUAUUAUGGCACUGUUGGACGAGGAAUGUUGGUUCCCCAAGGCCACCGACAAGACGUUCGUGGAGAAGUUGGCCACGGCGCACACGAUGCAUCCCAAGUUCAUGAAGACGGACUUCCGUGGCGUGGCCGAUUUCGCGGUGGUUCAUUACGCCGGCAAGGUGGACUAUUCCGCCACCAAGUGGUUGAUGAAGAACAUGGACCCGUUGAACGAGAACAUUGUAUCGCUGCUGCAGGGCUCGCAAGAUCCGUUCGUUUGCCAGAUCUGGAAGGACGCCGAAAUCGUGGGAAUGGCCCAGCAGGCGCUUACCGACACCCAGUUUGGAGCCCGCACCCGCAAGGGUAUGUUCCGCACGGUGUCCCAUCUGUACAAGGAGCAACUGGCCAAACUGAUGGACACCUUGCGCAACACGAACCCCAACUUUGUGCGCUGUAUCAUUCCGAAUCACGAGAAGCGCGCCGGCAAGAUCGACGCCCCGUUGGUUCUGGAUCAGCUGCGGUGUAACGGUGUCCUGGAGGGUAUCCGUAUCUGCCGCCAGGGCUUCCCCAACCGAAUUCCCUUCCAGGAGUUCCGCCAGCGGUACGAACUGCUUACGCCGAACGUCAUCCCGAAGGGCUUCAUGGACGGCAAGCGUGCCUGCGAGCAGAUGAUCAAGGCCCUCGAGCUGGACAACAAUCUGUUCCGCAUCGGACAGUCCAAGAUCUUCUUCCGUGCCGGAGUGCUUGCCCAUCUGGAGGAGGAGCGUGACUACAAGAUCACCGACCUGAUCGUCAACUUCCAGGCGUACUGCCGGGGUUUCCUCGCGCGUCGCAACUACCAGAAGCGCCUUCAGCAGCUCAACGCCAUCCGAAUCAUCCAACGAAACUGUGCCGCUUACCUCAAACUGCGCAACUGGCAAUGGUGGAGACUGUACACCAAGGUGAAACCGCUGCUCGAAGUGACCAAGCAGGAGGAGAAGCUCGUCCAAAAGGAGGACGAACUGCGCCAGAUCCGCGACAAGCUGGACAAUCUGUCCAAGAACUCGCAAGAGUACGAGCGAAAGUUCCAGCAGGCCAUCGAAGAAAAGACCCACCUUGCCGAGCAACUUCAGGCCGAGAUCGAACUGUGCGCCGAAGCGGAAGAAGGUCGUGCCCGACUCGCAGCGCGCAAGCAAGAGUUGGAAGAGCUGAUGCAAGAUCUGGAAGCACGCAUCGAAGAGGAAGAAGAACGCGUAAAUGCCUUGUCCAACGAGAAAAAGAAGCUCCAGAUCAACAUCCAAGACCUCGAGGAACAACUCGAAGAGGAAGAAGCCGCCCGGCAAAAGCUCCACCUCGAAAAGGUCCAACUGGACGCCAAGCUGAAAAAGAUGGAGGAGGAAGUCGCGCUGACCGAGGACCAGAACCAGAAGCUCCUCAAGGAGAAGAAAAUCAUCGAAGAACGUGCCAACGACCUGUCCCAGACUCUCGCCGAAGAGGAGGAGAAGGCCAAACAUCUCGCGAAACUGAAGGCGAAGCAUGAAUCCACCAUCGCCGAACUGGAAGAACGCCUCCUCAAGGACCACCAGCAGCGACAGGAAACGGACCGCUCCAAGCGAAAGAUCGAGACCGAAGUGGCCGACCUGAAGGAACAAAUCAACGAGCGUCGCAUCCAGGUCGAGGAGAUGCAGCAGCAGUUGAUCAAGCGCGAAGAGGAACUGGCGCAGACGUUGGUGCGGAUUGACGAGGAAUCUGCCGCGAAGGCCGCUGCGCAGAAGGUUCAGCGCGAGCUGGAGUCGCAGCUGGCUGAGAUUCAGGAGGAUCUGGAGGCGGAGAAGCUGGCUCGGUCGAAGGCCGAGAAGCAGAAGCGCGACUUGAACGAGGAGCUAGAGGCACUCAAGAACGAACUGCUUGACUCGCUGGACACCACCGCUGCUCAACAGGAGCUGCGCUCGAAGCGCGAGCAGGAGGUGGCCACCCUCAAGAAGACGCUCGAGGACGAAUCGUCGAACCACGAGGCGUCGCUGCAGGAGAUGCGCCACAAGCACAUGCAGGAAAUCUCCUCCAUCAACGAGCAGCUCGAAAACUUCAAGAAAGUCAAGGGAGGGUUGGAGAAAGCGAAGCAGACACUGGAGGCGGAAAACGCCGACCUGGCGACCGAGCUGCGCAACGUGAACCAGUCGCGGCAGGAGAACGACCGCCGCCGCAAGCAGGCCGAAACGCAGAUCGCCGAACUGCAGGUUAAACUGGUCGAGGUGGAGCGAGCCCGCUCGGAACUCCAGGACAAGGUCACGAAGCUGCAGCAGGAAACCGACAACAUCACCCAGCAGCUGGACGAGGCCGAACUGAAGGCGUCCGCAGCGAUCAAGAGCGCCAGCAGCAUGGAGAGCCAACUGACCGAGUCGCAGCAGCUGCUGGAGGAGGAAACUCGCCAGAAGCUGGCGCUGAGCUCGAAGCUGCGCCAGCUGGAGAGCGAAAAGGAAGCCCUGCAGGAGCAGCUCGAGGAGGACGAGGAAGCGAAGAAGAACUACGAGAAGAAGCUGGCCGAACUGAACUUUACCAUCCAGGACAUGAAGAAGCGGUCCGAGGAAGACUCGGACCUCGCCAAGGAGCUCGAGGAGUCCAAGAAGAAGAUGAACAAGGACCUGGAGACGCUGCAGCGGCAGAUCCAGGAGCUGCAGGCCGCCAACGAUCGGCUGGACAAGAGCAAGAAGAAGAUCCAGUCCGAGCUGGAGGACGCCACGAUCGAGCUGGAGACGCAACGCACCAAGGUGCUGGACCUGGAGAAGAAGCAAAAGAACUUUGACAAAGUGCUGGCGGAGGAGAAGGCCGUCAGCGAGCAGCACGCCCAGGAGCGGGACGCGGCCGAGCGGGAAGCUCGCGAGAAGGAAACGAAGGUGUUGUCGCUGACGCGCGAGCUGGACGAGGCGUACGAGAAGAUCGACGACCUGGAGGGCAAACGCAAGGCACUGCAGAACGAGCUGGACGAGUUGGCUAACACACAGGGAACCGCCGACAAGAACGUGCACGAACUGGAGAAGGCCAAGCGCGCCCUGGAGAGUCAGCUCGCGGAGCUGAAGGCCCAGAACGAGGAACUCGAGGACGAUCUGCAGCUGACGGAGGAUGCCAAGCUUCGGUUGGAGGUCAACAUGCAAGCGUUGCGAGCCCAGUUCGAGCGGGACAUCCAAGCCAAGGAGGAGCAGUCCGAGGAGAAGCGUCGCGGUCUGGUGAAGGCCCUCCGGGAUCUGGAAGCCGAACUCGACGAGGAGCGAAAACAACGGGCAGCGGCCGUCGCGGCCAAGAAGAAGCUCGAGGGAGACCUCAAGGACAUUGAAGCCACCCUCGAAAUGAACAACAAGGUCAAGGAGGACGCCCUCAAGCAGGCCAAGAAGCUGCAAGCCCAGGUCAAGGACGCCGUCCGAGACGCAGAGGAAGCUAAGGCCGCUAAGGAGGAAUUAGCGGCCGUUAGUAAGGAAGCCGAGCGCAAGGCAAAGGCCCUGGAAGCGGAAGUCAUGCAGCUGUCGGAGGACUUUGCCAGUUCCGAGCGUGCCCGGCGAGCGGCCGAAGCCGAACGGGACGAACUCCUCGAGGAAAUCAACUCCAACUCCAACAAGGGCUCGCUCAUGAUCGACGAGAAGCGAAGGUUAGAGGCCCGCAUCGCCACCCUCGAGGAAGAGCUCGAAGAGGAACAGUCGAACGCGGAACUGCUGGUAGACCGAAACCGCAAGGCCCAGCUCACGAUCGAACAGCUCACCACCGAACUGCAGGCGGAGAAAUCCAACGCGCAAAAGUACGAAAACGUCAAGACCGGCCUCGAACGCCAGAACAAGGAACUGAAGGCGAAGCUGUCCGAGCUGGAGACGGCCCAGCGCACCAAGGUGAAGGCGGCCAUGGCCAGCCUCGAAGCCAAGAUCGCCAACCUCGAGGAGCAGCUAGAGAACGAAACCAAGGAACGACUGACGGGCCAGAAGGCGAACCGCAAGCUCGAGAAGAAGAUCAAGGAACUCACGAUGAACAUCGAGGACGAGCGGCGACACGCGGACCAGUACAAGGAACAGAUCGAAAAGAUGAACAACCGCAUGAAGAUCCUGAAGCGAAACCUGGACGAGGCCGAGGAGGAAAUCCAGAAGGAGAAGACGCAAAAGCGAAAGGCCCAGCGCGAGUGCGAGGACAUGCUCGAAAGCCACGAGGCGCUCUCGCGGGAGGUCAACUCGCUCAAGACCAAGCUGAGACGCGGCGGCCUCGGCGUAAGCUCGUCCCGACUGACGACGCCGAAGCGCGAGAACGACUCGAUCGCCACCGCGGACGAGUCGCUGGACGGCGAGGACGAGUGACGACUGACGGGCACGUCUUCCAACUACUAUCUGUCCAACUACUACUGAAAGUUAAACGAAACAAAACAAAACAAUGAGCAUCCAGCAGCAGAAGCGUGUUUCUAUGUUUGGUCGAGAGCGAAUGUGAGCGCGUGUGUCUUUUUAGUUAUUUUUAUUUUAUUUUGGAAAAUAAACGCAGGAAAAAAAACCAGAAUCAUUGCGAAUGCGUGAGUGCGCGCGCGGAAACACGCGAUCAUUCUUUGUUGUAUUAAACUAUUUGGUUAAAAGAAAAAUGAGAAGAGGAAAUCCAUACACACAAUUAUUAGGAUACGGGAGGAAGAAAGUUCCCCAUCUUUUGCAUGUAUUUAGAUGAGAAAUAGCACAGAAAUGGAAAUUGAGUCGAGAUGUGACGCGAAGCAUGCAAGAAAGAGAGACGAGGAGAAGUUAAGCAAACGUAUUUAGCCAAUAAGUGAUGAACAUUUUCCUAAAUCAAAAUGAAGCGAAGGAGAGCAAGCAAGCAAGCAAGUAAUGAUUUAAACACACAACAACAAAAAAAAAAAAAUAAACCAGCAGUUAAGCAACUCCAUAAAAAGUAAUUACCAUUUCAUUGACUUACUCCUUACCGAAUGUAUCGAAUCAUAAGCACUUAAACAAACAAACAAAAAAAAAGAUAAAAAGUUUUGCCAGAUGAGUAAUUAGCCGAGUAAUCGAAUUGCCAACAUGUGUAGUAAAGUGAGCGAGAGAGCAGUUUUUUAAAAAGGAUGAAAAUGAUAGAAUCAGAAUGUUUUUAUAUAAUACCAUCAACGUGAACGCGAAAAAGAGAGAGAAGAGAAAAUCAUAACAAUUGAACCGAGGAGCAUUUAGAUACGUUUAUAUAUGUUACGAAAAUUAUUUGUUUUUAAUUAUUAUUAUUAUUAAAAUAAUUAACUUCUUUCUUUAUCAUUUCGUCGUCAGUAAGUUUCCUUUUCUGCCACUCUUCCUUGUUUCCAUACGGACAAAACAAGACAAAACAAACCCACAAACGCAUACACUCAAAACACACAAACGCAUACACUCACUUACCGGAUGAUUCAGAUGAUUCCAUUAAAAAAAUACUUCAGACGAAACAGAAAUCAAUCAAGAGGGAAGAAACACAAAAAAAGAAGAUAAACACAGUGUAAGAAAAAGAAAACAAUGAAAAAUCUGUAGCUGCCUAAGUCGUAAAGUUCGCUUUUUUAUAUUAUUAACAAUGAAAAGGAAAGCCUCUAGUUGAAACAAGAAGAAUCCGUUAAAUAAAAAAAAACUAUUGCAAGUAAAAAAAAA